UUCACCAUGGGAGGAGGAAAAUUGGACCUCAGUGAAGAAUUGAUCAAGACUCAUCCUGAGUUACAGAUGGACACAUUCCUCAAAGGAUCUGUGACGUCACAGGAGGAAUUGGAUGAACUUUUGCUUCCGAUUCAGAAUGCAAUGAAUCGAUAUCGGACAGGAUUGGGCUUGUGUUUGUUCCCGCUGAUACGAGAGUUUCCACUCGAUCAACUCGGUAAUUUUGGUGGUGAGUUUCAUACUGUAUGGGAAAAGAACAAGAGUGUGAAUGUGGAUGGCGAGUUGACGGAGGAAUGGAAAAGGCAGGUCGUUUUGCUUUUCCUGAAUGCCAAAUUUUGUUGGAGGAAGAGCGGGCAGAUUCGAGAUUAUGUGGAGCAGUUGCAAAAUUUGUCCAAGACGGUGUCGGAUCAGUAUGGUAGUCCUGUUGAUGAAGGUGAUUCCGGCAAUCCAGUGAGUGCUUCUGGCAAGAAGAAAAAGAAGGGGGUAAGCCGAAGGGAUUCUGAUGGCAAGGAGAUGGAUGCCGCGAUGAUUAACGCGUUAUAUGAAGACGUUGAAUAUUUUCUCCUGGAGCUUGGCCAAUACUUUCGAUCCUAUCUGAAGCCAUUAUUUCCUGUUCCAUGGGCUA